AUGGUGCUGGAACUUCACGUCUGGGGACCGGGAUUUUCCCUUCCUUCGAUUGAUCCCCAAUGUCUCGCUACAAUCGCAUAUUUUGUCAAAACGGUUCCCAAGGAUAAAUGGGUGUUGGUUGCGUCCAGUGAUCCUUCCGUGUCGCCUAAUAAUGAAUUACCGGCCUUGAAAGACGGGCAGACUUGGGUUUCCAAGUUUCGGAAUAUAGUCGAUUAUGUGCGUCAGUAUUCGAGCGAGGAAUGGGAUCUUGAUACGGAUUGGGAUGGGUUGGAUAAAGCAGAUAUUACAGCAUUCUCCGCCUUCCUUGAGUCCAAUGGACAACUCCUCCUCGAUCUAUCCCUCUACGUCUCCAGCCAAAAUUAUUAUGCCGCCACGUCGCCCGCCUACGGUUCUAUACUCACCUGGCCGAAUCAGUGGAUUCUCCCACCGAAAUUACGCAAUGCUGCUAAACAUCGCACAGAGCAUCUAGGUCUGUCGUCGCUCGACUUGGAAGCUACAGAAGAACAACAACGGGAGCGCGAACGGGCAGCGGCGGGAGUCACGGCCGGACAAAUCCCGGCAAGUUUGAUUACGCGGCCUCGCGAGACUGUUUCGUCGUUACUAGGAAAGACAGCGCAAUACAGUCAGUUCCGGCUCGAUGGGUUGACGGCCGAGUUGUUCGAGCCGCUUGAACAGCUGUUGGGCGCAAAGAAGUAUUUGCUGGCUGAUGGUCAGCGGAACUCGAGUCUGGAUGUGUUGGUGCUGGGGUAUUUGUCGUUGGCAUUGUUCGCCGAGGUACCUUCUAAAUGGCUUCGAGAGUCGCUUCGAACGAAAACGCCUCGAUUGGCAAAGUAUGUGGAACGAAUGCGCGACGAGUGUUUUGGUGGUGUUGUACGGCUCGAAGAGGCAUUUCCGGAUACUGCUGAGGUGAAGACAAAGUCUUUUCUUCCAUGGAGGCAACCCGAGAGAAUCAAUGCGGUCAAGAUCGGCAGCACGCUCCUCAACACUCUUGCAGAUGCUACCCCCAUUCUGAAAGAUUUCCGCAUGAACAGCCGGUUGCAACAAUCUGCCAAAUCGAUGGGCGGCUCAAAGGAAGAAGGCGACAGCAAAAAUGCAAAAGCUGUAUCGGUUUAUGCGAAUGCUCAACGUCGCGAUCUAUACAUCUCCAUUGCCUCCGUAGCUGCUGGGUUGGCAGCUAUGGUUGGGUACUUGACAUAUAACGGGGUCAUCGUUUUUGGUAGCGAAGACGACCACGAGGAGGAGGAAGUGGUAUACGAGCCUCCGAGCUGGGAUUCGAUUAGUGCUCCUACAGUGCAGAGUCUGUUUGGAUGA